UGCCGUGACGCACCGCGCAUGCGUAAACCCCGGUGAAGCCUCAGCGGUGACUACCUGCUCCUCGUUCCGCUCCGCUCCGUUCAGCUCGGCUCGGCUCUCACUCGACUUUUGUAAACAGUGUUGUAACGACAGGAACUCGUCCCCUCACGACAGCGAAGAUCACGACCGAGGUGUAAAGAAUAUGCCCAAGAAUAAAGGUAAAGGAGGAAAGAAUCGGCGACGUGGAAAGAACGAAAAUGAGUCUGAGAAGAGAGAGCUGGUGUUCAAAGAGGACGGCCAGGAAUACGCUCAGGUGAUUAAAAUGCUGGGUAACGGACGUCUGGAGGCCAUGUGCUUUGAUGGAGUCAAGCGGCUUUGCCACAUCAGAGGAAAACUCCGGAAAAAGGUUUGGAUCAACACGUCAGACAUCAUCCUGGUGGGGCUGAGAGAUUACCAGGACAACAAAGCUGACGUCAUCCUCAAGUACAACGCAGACGAGGCUCGCAGUUUGAAAGCCUACGGAGAGUUGCCAGAGCAUGCCAAAAUCAACGAGACAGACACCUUCGGGCCCGGAGACGACGAUGAGAUCCAGUUUGAUGACAUUGCCGAUGACGAUGAAGACGUCGAUGAUAUCUAAGGACCUGAAACCAGCGGGGAAAGCAUCAACAAAACAGCAAAAUUCACUGACGCGUUUCUGGAGUCUUUGUUGUUCUGCAUUGUCCAAGCAAAAAAAAAACACUCACUGUUCGAAAGGAGCUCCGCCGUCUCACUGAUACCACAACUGCAGAUAUCUCACCAAUACAUAUAUAUACCUAAUGCGUUAUCUUUUUAAAGUGUAUUUAUAUUGAUUUCACACAAUGUGGAAUUUAGAAACAAGUACAGAAUCUCUGGAUUCGCAAAUAAAAAGAUAAACCAUUUUAUGUUUUGUCGUCUGGCAGUGUGUAUCAUUGUAGCUCUAGUUGGUAACACUUCAUGUAGUUUUGGACAGUUUUGAAAAAAAGCUGUUUAUUGGUGACUGAGGGAGAACACUGAGAACCGCUCUGUAUCUGUUGGAUUUUUUUUUUUUUUUUCCGUGUUGUAUUCCAUUGAUAAAACAUUGCAGUUUGAUGAAUUAUUUGCUCUUUUUGGGAUUGAACCAUGGUGAAAUGAUGGCAGUCCCUCUCCCCUAAAAUGAAAAGAAGAAUCAAUCUGUAUUUUUCUAUUGUUUCCCUUGUUUGUGUUUGUCUGUUUUUUUGUUUGUUUGUAUGUUCAGUUUUGAGCAGCUCACUCUGUGGUUUCAGGACAGUCAAGUCUGGUCCGGCCGGCCGCUCUGUCUCGCUCUAGACCAGUGGUUCCCAAAAUCUUGAUGUGAACGACACCCUCCUAAACACACACACACACACACACGCCAGUGAAACCUCAUAUCACAGCCGUCAUUUUUACACAUUCUCUGAUUGUGAAAGCUUAUUUUGCCGGGGACCCCUUGGAUCCAUCUCCAGGACUCCUCGGGGGUUCCCUGCCCCGCUUUGGGAACCGCUGCUCUAGACCGCAAGAGGCCUGUUUUUGCUGUUGUUCUCUUGAAUUAAUUAAAAUGUAAUAUGAUAUUUGAAGGCUGAGUCGAGGGGUUUCCAAUAAAGAUCUUAACUCCAA